AUGGCGAGGGCGGUGCUGCUGGCCGUCGUGCUGCAAGCCUGCAACAUGAUCGUCGCGGCAAGACCGUUGCUGGAAACGCCGGCGGUAGCGGGAGGGGCCACCGGUACAAGCAGCUGGCUGGGGCUCAUCAUGCAGAACUGCUUCUUUUUUUAA